AUGACUUUUGCAUCCAUCAGUCAUGAUGAUAACGAUGAUGAUAACGAUGAUCAUGAUGAUAUACAACAACAACAACAACAACAACAACAAGUUCAAACUGUGAUAGAUGAUACCAUAACUAAUAGUAAUAACAAUGAUAAUGAAAUCACAACAAUCAUAAAUCAUAAUAAUGAGGAAUUGCAGCCAAACCUUGAAUCGCAACAACAACAACAACAACAACGAGAUGAUGAUGAUGGGGAUGGGGAUGAUUUGGAAAAUGCUAUUAAUAAUGCCUUUGGACAAUUUGAUAUGACAACCUUUAAUGACAUUAAUACUAAUGAUAAUAAUAAUAAUAAUACCACUAAUAAUGAUAAUCAGGAGAUACGGCACCAAUCAUCACAUCAAGUUGAACAAGGUGAAGAGGAAGAAUUCAAUUUCGAUGAUGUGAUAGGUAAAGCAUUUGAUAAUGCCAUUGAACAACAUCAACAAGAACAAGAACAACAACAAGAAGUAUCAACGGAAUCACAACAACAACAACAACAACAACAACCACAUCAAAGUAUGGGGUCGGAUAAUGUUGAUAACAAUCAUGAACAGUUAAGUCUAGACGAUGCUAUUGAUAAAGCAUUUGAAAAUGCCAUGGGUGAACAUCAGACUGACGAGCAAUCACAAUCCAUUGAAGAAUCAUCCGCACCGACUAAUGACGGUGAUAAUAAAGAUUCAAAUGUUGAUGAUUUGAGUUUAGAUGACGCCAUUGGGAAAGCGUUUGAGAAUGCUAUUGGUGAACAUCAUCAGAAUGAAGAACCUAUUAAAGAUACUUCAAAGGAGAAUCAUGAGGAAGAGUUAAACUUAGAGGAUGCUAUUGGUAAGGCUUUUGAAAACGCCAUUGGUGAACAACCAUCUGAAGACCAUCAUCCUAUCGAAGAAACAAAGGAAUCGAGACCCAUCAACGAAACUCAUGCUAAUGAAGAUGAGUUGAACUUGAAUGACGCUAUCGGUAAAGCCUUUGAAAAUGCUAUUGGAGAACCACGAACUGAAGAAUAUCAUCCCGUUGAAGAUUCAACAAAGGAAUCUAAACACACUAAUGAAGUUGAAGCUAAUGAUGAGGAGUCGAAUUUAGACGAUGCUAUUGGUAAAGCUUUCGAAAAUGCUCUUGGUGAACAUCAAGAUCAACAACAAGAAACUAAAGAAGAUCAUAACGAUGUCAGUUUAGAUGACGCAAUAGGUAAGGCAUUUGAAGAUGCCGUUGCAGAGCAUCAACAAGAGGAAACCACUAAAACUUCACCCGAAGUAGAACAAGCCCAUAAGGAUACAGACGAAGAUAUUAAUCUAGAUGAUGCCAUCGGGAAGGCAUUCGAAUCAGCUAUUCAAGAUGAAUCUCAUAAAGAGUCUUCAGAAGUCAAGAAAGAUGAGACUGUGGCUGAUCAAACUAAUGAUGUUGAUUUAGAUAAUGCCAUUGGACUGGCAUUUGAAAGUGUCAUGGGUCAAAGCAAACCCAUUGAAACAGAACCACCAACAGAACCUCAACCUACAAAAGAUAAUGAUAAUGAUUUAAAUUUGGAUGAUGCCAUUGGUGCUGCUUUUGAAAAUGCCAUCAAGGAUCAAACUACUACUAUUGAAGCUCCAUCUCAAAAAUCUGAAGAUGAAAUUCUUGAUGAUGCUAUUGGUAAAGCUUUCGAAAAUGCCAUUCAAGGGGAGCACACUAAUUCAGAUUCACAAGUUGCUGAAACUUCUCAAGAACCUCCUCAUGAGACUCAUGAUGAUGAGGAUGAGUUGAAUUUAGAUGAAGCUAUAGGAAAUGCAUUUAAGAAUGCAUUUGGUAACGAAGCCAAUAAUAAUGAAACUCAACCUCAAGAAGAAGCCAAGCAUUCUAAUGAAUUUGAAUCAAGUCAUCCUUUACCCGAUUCAACUGAAGAAGCAGCGGAUGAUAAAGAUUUAGAAAAUGCUAUUGGAAGUGCCUUCAAUACCAUUUUAUAUCAAGAAGAUACAACCCAUAAAACUGAACCAGAAGUAAAACAUCAUAUUGGGCCGGUUCCAAAUCAUGAUAAACAACCAGUUAAUGAAAAACAUCAACCAGACGACGAUUUUGAUGAUGAUUUAAAUUUGGAUGAAGCUAUUGGUAAUGCAUUUAAAAAUCUUAUUCCAAAUCAAAUCAUCCCUGAAAAAUCCAAACCUGAAGAAAAGAAAGAUGAUGAUGCAGAAUUAGAAAAUGCUAUUGGUGCCGCAUUUAGAUAUAUCAAUCAAAAUGCUCCGUCUGCACCUACUGCUCCACCUGAUCACGACAUGGAUAGAGCUGUUAAUGAAGAUGAAUUAAGUUCGAUCAUUGCUGCUUCAUUCCAACAAGCUAUUUCUGGAGUUGAAACUGUUUCAUCAAAACAAGGUUCAAGUUCCCAAUCAAGAGGCCGUUCAAAUAGUCAAUCACAAUCUAAAAGAAGUGAUAUCCCAGUUGAUGUAUCUAGUUUAGUUCAAUCCUUGGUGAAUCAAAUGGCAAAUCAAGAUGAUUCAACUAUUGUCGAUCAUGAUAAAUUACCUAUUUCUGAAGAUAUUCUUCAAGAAUUAGCCGCUGAAAUCACUAAUCAAGUUCAAUUUCAUUUAUCAGAGAAUGAUGCAUCCAAAAAACCAUCAACUGCCGUAUCGGCCUUACCUCAAAUUGAUGAUAAUGUGUUUGCUCAUUUCCAACAAGAAGCUCAUAAGGAAGAUAUCAGGAAAGUUCAAACUAGUGAAAUAGUAAGAAAUAAUGUUAUGACCCGACCAUCAUUUUCAAUCCCACCUCCUAAGGAGAAAGAAGGUGAUUUGGAACAACUUCAAAUGAAUGAUAUUUUACAAAAUGCUUUCAAAAUGGCAAUGGAAAAUCCUCAAGAAUUAUUAACUGAUUUGGAGACAGAUGACGGGGUUAUUAGUACUAAAGUUGCAGCUGAGACUACUACUACACAAGUUGAACCGGAACCAGUUGUAGAACCACCAGUUGCUCCUCAAGCUUCUUCCACGGCUAGAUUCCUUGAAACUUUAAACAGAUCAACUGAUAUAGAUCUUGAUGGUAAAAGAACAGGUAGUUCUUCAGAACAAGCUAAGAAGAAAAGUUUAUCCAUUGCCGAAACUCUUGCAUUGCAUAGAUCAGCCAUGGCAACAGGAGCAUCUAACUUUGCUAAUAUCGGUUCUUCAGAUAGUAAUAAAGGAUCACUUUAUGAUUAUGGAGCUUUAAAUUCCCAAAUUUCUCAAGCUUUAAGUUCGAUAACUUCCCGAAUCAAUAAUGGAUCAGGAUCAAAUGAAAAUUUAUUAAAUAUCAUUAGACAAAUGACCAAUUCCUUCACUACAGGAUUACAAUCAUCUUCAUCGACUAAUAAUUCGUUAAAUGCCAAUGAAAUCAUUUCAAGUUAUGCCGAUAAACCGGAAAAAGAUACCAUUAUAAAUUCAUUAUUAUUAGCGAAAAAGUAUCUUUAUGAUCAAAGUGAAACCCAUGCUCCUGAAGCUUCAAGUAAUUCAUUAGCAGCAACUUUACUUGAUAAAGUCUUGAAUCAAUUUGAUACAACUUCAAAGAUUGAUCCCAGUUUGUCAAAACCCACUUCAGUUAAUGCAUUUUCAGCCGAUAGAGCUCCCAAUAUUAGAAAUGAAUUCAUUUCAAGUAUUGGUAAAUCCGUAGUUGCGGCCAUUUCCAAUUUUUCAUCGAAUAUCUCUGGUAGACGUUCAUUGAAUUCGGAUAAGCCUGCUAUUGAUUCACCUGAAUAUAAAGAAAAGAUAAGGUUGGAAAAUAGAGAACGGAAAAAGAGAUGGAGAGAAGAAAAUUCAGAUAGGAAUAAAGAUAAUGAUUUAAGAUCUAGAGUUUUGAAACGUGCUGCUGUAAUGUUUGGUGAACAAGAGAGUCCUGAGAAGAAAGCUUGGGCAGAUCAAGAAUUUAAUAGAAGAAGAGAUAGAAGAAUUGCCAAGGAAGAGAAGAAAGAAGGUGAUAAACCUCCUACCAGUCCAACUCAAGAUAAAUUAUAUGCCAAAGGAAAGGAAACCAUCACCAAAUUAGCUCAAGAUAUCGAACUUUAUAAACCAGUUACUGAUAUUUUCAAUAUUGUUUCAAGUGCAACACAACAAGAAAAUCCUCAAGCUUCUCUUGCUGCCACAGCUGCUGCCACUGCUACCAUAGCAGCAAUGUAUGCUGAUAGAAAUCAAAAUGUCACUUAUAAACAAGUUGAAUCUGCGGUUGGAUCGAUUCUUACUUCAUUAAUGGAAUCAGCCAAUUCAUUAGGGUUGAAUGAUCGUUUAAACAGUCUUUCAAAAGGUAUCAGUGCUAGUUUUCAAUUCAGUAGAUCUCCAAGUUUACAAGCUUCACCUUCUACUUUACCAUCGAGGUUUUCCAAUACUGAUUUAGGGGCUGCUUUAAAGAUGCCAACUACUCCAAGUUCGAGUAUUCUUAAUAGAAUUUCUACAAAUAUUAGAGAUAGCAGCGGUCCACUUAGUUAUGAUUCAUUACUGGGAUUUAAGAAUUUGAAUUUACAAGAGAAGAGGAAGAGUGAUGUUGGGUUAGGUUCAGAUCCAAAAAGAGCCAAAGUUACUUUGGAUACGGAUAAUUUAAUUACUGAACGUGAUUCAUUUUCUAAGAUUGCCUCUAAUUUAGAUCAAAUGAGAACUUCAUUAACCACUGGUUCCACAUCACAAUUAUGGGGAUCGGUGAAUUCUUUACGUAUGCCACUGUAUAAAAAAUCAUCUGAUAUCACCACUGGGAAAUCGGAUCAACCAGCUGUCAAAUUGGAAUAUUCAACAUUAUCAUUACCUACAUCAUCACCAUUUAUUUCGAAUAAGAUUCAUACUGGAAUUACAGCUUCUUCAAGUGGGGUUAGUGCAGGUUUAAGAAGACCUGGUAGUUUUCAAAAACCUAGUGCUAAAGUAGAUAAAACUAAGGCUAAAAGUCUUGGUUUUCCAAGAUUAUUUUCUCCAUCUACAUAAAUUAAUUGUUAAUUAAU